AUCGUGGAGGACAACGCAAACACAACCAACAAGAAGCACGGCAACAAGCAAGCAAGCAAGCAAGUCGCAUCGCACCGUCCACUCAUCCGCCUCGCUGGCUGUCGGGGAAAACAUGGGUUGUCCUGUGAUGGGCUCGAGCCCAAAGUCAAAGGAGCUUGGAGAUGCACUGAAGAAAUUUGCGGCGCUGCUGCCACAAUGCGAGGACGAGGAGGUGCAGCUGCACACCUGCAGAAAUCGCGUGGCCAGUGCCAGUUCGUUCACACAGAAGCUGUGGGGCUUUGGAAUUGGUCGCGGUCACUGUGCGGAGGAGGCAUCGCGCUUCUCAGACUGUGCAGCAAAGAAGGAGGCUGUGAGCGUGCAUAUCACAAAAGCGUGCGCUGGCGGCGAUCACCGCGGAAUUGCUGUUGCCUAUGACAAGUGUCUGGCGGCAAACGAGAACAAUGCCACGGCCUGUGCUCCCGUGUUGCAAGGCUUCUUGGACUGCGCACGCCAAGAAGCACAACGGUACCAGAAGCGAGUGAACGUCACGGCAGCAGCAACCAAAUCCCAAUAGACUCCAGGAUAAGGCAAUUUACGACCCUGUGUCUGUGUGUUUGUGUGCGUGCGUGUGCGUGUGUGUGUUUGUGUGUUUGUCUGUGUUUGUCUGUGUGCAACUUGGACUUGCGUGCAGCGCAAGAUGCUUUUCUCUUUAUUCGCUUUCUGUGUGCGUGUCUACAAGCAAAGAAAUGGGCAUGGGUGUAACAGAAGAAACAAACCAGAAGCAAGC